AUGUCGUCACUCCGUCCAGGGCAAGUCAAUUUCAUCAAAGCAACAGUCCCAGUCCUCCAAGAACAUGGCAAUGAAAUCACUACUCGCUUAUACCAGAACAUGUUAGCUGAGAUUCCGGAUCUGAACAAUGUUUUCAAUCAACCAAAUCAAUUCAACGGGCAUCAAGCUGCUGCACUUGCAGGCAGCCUGUACGCCUACACAGCACAUAUCGAUGAUCUCGGGGUCUUAAGCCCAGCGAUGGAGCGUAUCAGCCAGAACACACCUCUCUUUAUGUGCAACCCAAGCAGUGCGACUUAG